AUCGGUGAGGAGGAGCUGGCCAGCAGAAUCAUCUCACACAUAAAGACAUCAAGGAGCCCCAACAUCAUGUGCCACAUUCCAGUGUUCUGUUGGAUUUCAGCCACUGUACUAGAGAGACUAUUGGUUGAAGCAGAGAGUCGAGAGAUCCCCAAGAAUCUGACUCAAAUGUACGCUCACCUCAUGAUCUUCCAGUCAAAAUUGAGGAGUCAGAAGUAUCCUGUAGAGCACAACGAUUCUCACUGGGAUAAAGAGAUGAUUCUGGCACUGGGAAAACUGGCUUUUCAACAGCUAGAAAAAGGCCAUCUGAUAUUCUAUGAGGAAGACCUGAGAGAGUGUGGCAUUGAUAUCAAGGAUGCAUCAGUGUACUCAGGAGUGUGCACUCAGAUCUUCAGAGAAGAGUCUGGGCUUAACCAGAUAAAGGUGUACUGCUUUGUACAUCUGAGUAUCCAGGAGUUUCUGGCUGCACCAUAUGUGUUCCUCAUGUUCACUAACGACAACAACAAUCUGAUGGCUAAAGAAAAAUCCCUCCGCAACAUAAACAGUCUAUAUGAAGAUGCAGUGAACAAGGCCUUGCAGUUUGGAAAUGGCCUUCUGGACCUUUUCCUCCGCUUCCUUCUAGGCAUUUCAAAUGAGUCCAAUCAGCAUCUCAUACAAGGCCUACUGACAAAGACAGGAAGCGGCUCACAGAGCAACAAGGAAACAGUCAAGUACAUCAAGGAGAAAAUCAGGAAGAACCUCCGUCUGGAGAGGUGCAUCAAUCUGUUCCACUGUCUGAAUGAGAUGAAUGACCAUUCUCUAGUGGAGGAAAUCCAAAGCUACCUGAGCUCAGGAAGUCUCUCAAAAUCUAAACUCUCAUCUGGACAGUGGUCAGCUCUGGUCUUCAUGUUGCUGACCUCAGAGAAGCUGGAUGUGUUUGACCUGAAGAAAUACAUCAGAUCAGAUGCGGCUCUUCUCAAACUUCUCCCAGUUGUCAGAUCCUCUAGAACAGCCCUGCUGAACGAAUGUAAACUCACCAAGAAAUACUGUGAGUGCUGGACAUGA